AUGCGGCGUGUUUAUGUAUUCUUGAUACUCUUUUCGGUCGUUCUUUUCUUAGAGGCUAUUGGUAGCACUUACAUGAUGUCUGCAAUACAGAGUAUUGAACGUCAAUUUCAAAUACCUUCAAAGCUUUCUGGUUUCAUGGUUAGUGCAAGUGAGUGUGCUCUACCUGAAGGGAACGUGAAACAGAAAUAUUUAUCACAUCUCAGAGGUUACCUUAUCAAAGGCGACUUCGGAUAUAUUCCGACGGUGAUGCUCAUUGCAUAUUUUGGUUCGAAAGGGAAUCGAGCCAAGUGGAUAGGUGCUGGAACGAUUUUGACUGCAUUCUCGUUUAUUUUGAUCGCAUCUCCAAACUUUCUAUUCCCAACAAAACAACCGCAGCUCAAUACGACCUCCAUAGAACUAAGAAUCAAGCCGUCCGAUCUAUUGCUAUCACCGGAAGCAACAAUCUCUGAUUAUCUGCAUUAUGCAUUAAUUGAUGAUCGCAGUUCCGUCAGCGAUAUCAAGUCUGCAGCAAUGAACAUCACAAAUGAAGAUAUUUAUUCAAUUGAUGGAACACUCCUAGCAAAAAUCAUGAAAAACUUGAAUAAAAUUCUGAGAGAUACUGAGGAUGAUGGGCAGCUCAAGCAAUUGUUAAUCAUGUAUGUGAAUAAUCGUUUGAAUAAUUCUGAUGAGGAUGUGAUGAACGCAAAGAGAAUUGCCCUUGCACCAUUCUCGUUCUGCAGUAAACUUAUCAAUGAAUUUCGACAAAUUAUCAAGCAAACGAAAUGCGAACGAAACCUAUCCAAUUUCGCACCCUUACUCAUUAUGAUAGCUGCACUGAUUCUUCUUGGUGUUGGCCGAACAAUGCCAUGGUCACUAGGUGUUCCGAUGAUCGAUGACAGUGUUAAACGAAAGAGUAUACCGUCUUACUUCGCUGGAAUUUCGUUCAUUCGAAUUCUUGGACCAAUUGCGGGCUUAUUGAUUGGAAGCUUUUGCAACAAGCUCUAUUACACACUCAAGCCACCUCCUGGUCUAACUGCAAGCGAUCCCACAUGGAUUGGCGCAUGGUGGCUUGGUUUUUUGAUUGUUGGAAUCUCCUUCACAGUACCUUCAUUUGCACUCUUUUUUUUCCCAACCAAGGGGAAGCAGUCUCAAAUUGCACCCGAUGAUGUAAGUUCACCUGAACGGUUGAGCGAUGCGGUGAAUACCAAAAACAAGGCUGAAGGAGAACUUGCAUUCUUUGAUAAACAUAAUGAUGAAGGGCAACAUUUAACUGCUGAGGAAAAGUUCAACGAAAUAAUAAAGUCAAAAGUGUAUCUUGGUUCCGUGGCUGGCCGUGUGGUUGAUUUGCUCGCAAUGCGUGGUUACUUCGUUUUUCUGCCGAAAUAUUUGGAAAAUCAUUAUGGUUUGCCUCAAUACAAGGCACAUCAAUUUAUGGCAUUGUUCGGCGUGUCCGGUUUUGCGUUGGGUACAGUGAGUGGUGGAUUCAUAACGAGAAAAUUGAAGUUAAAUGGUCGUCGUAUUGCUGCAUUUGUUUUUUUCAUAUCGGCACUAAAUGUUUUAGCAUUCAUGAUCAAAGCUUUUUUGGGAUGUGAGUCGACUGUAAAUCGUGUCGGAUUGAAUGGCAUGAUCACGAAUUUCAAUUAUACAAGCGAAUGCAAUGCAAAUUGUGGAUGCGAAUCUGCAGCGUUGUUCCCGGUGUGUGACAGUGAGGGAUACACGUAUUUCUCACCAUGUCAUGCUGGAUGUCGUGAAGUGAUAGUGAAGGAUAAGUCAUCACACAUUCCCGAAUUCUCGUCAUGCGAUUGCAGUCCAGGCGAGAUAUUAUCAAAAACCUAUUGUAAGGAUAACUGCACGCCAGUGGUCAUUGUGUACUUCAUAACCGUUAUGAUUGGUGGGUUCAUUGGAGGCAAUGGAAUUGUUCCAGGCAUGCUUAUUUUACUGAGGUCUGUUCCACCCACAGAUCGAAGCAUUGCCUUAGGUCUGCAAGGUCUAUUCGUCAGCUUAUUAGCAACUCUGCCAUCUCCUUUGCUUUGGGGAGCAAUAUUCGAUAGUGCAUGCUUGGUGUGGAACUAUACGUGCCCUGGUAUUUCGGGCUCAUGUGCCAUAUACGAUCCAGCAAAACUACGUAUAAGAGUUCAUGCACUCUUCGUGGUAAUUCGUUCAAUUUCGGUACUCACUGAUCUAUACGUGGUCUAUCACGCGAGUGGUCUCAAUGUGAUGGAGGAGGAAGAAAAGGAAGAGGUUAUCGAACCAAAAGAGAGUAUUUCGUUAGAGCCGACGAAUAUUGUUCGACAAGCAUUUUAA